UGACAUCCACAGUCCGCGUGGCUCUCUUUGCUACAAGCGUGCGCUUUCCAGCUGUUCCGUGCAAUAAGAGGGUUUCUCUUGUCGGGGCGUCGGAUCGGGAAGGGAGGGAAAUUACAACACGGCUGCUGUAACGCGUCGUGUUCCGAUACGACGUCGCGGACUGCGUAUGUGACAUUUUCAAAUCUGACACCGGUUGUCUCCUCCAAUCGCCCGCAGAAUUGAUUCAUUCGAAAUUAACGCGGUACAAUAUUAUAUCGGACUGUUCGUGCGGUCGGGGUUCUUGUGCGUGCACGGUGUUAGUCUUGUCAUUCAUCCCCCAUGGUUUUGUUGUGCGUGAUUUUUAUCCGCGGGUGUUGUGCUCCGGUCAAUCAUUGAUUCUCUGCCAUUUUCGCUGUUUCUGAUUUUUUGUUUCGUUGUCUUCUAUUUUUUUUUUUUUUGUGAUAUGCGACACAAUUUCCUGAAAGUUCUUUGGAAGAUACAGCAAUGAACGCGUCUCUUGGUCUCAGUCUACAACGUUUCAGAAGACGCAGAGGGUGCGGCGAGGGUGUAGAAAGAGGGGGAGGAACCGUCACGAUGAUGGAGCUGAGUCACAGCCUCACCCUCAACGAGGAUGCGCUUAACCAAAUCCCGGAAGCCAAGCGACCCGUCUUCGUUUUCGAAUGGUUGCGUUUCCUUGAUAAAGUCCUUGUGGCGGCUCAAAAGAGCGAUAUCAAAGGAUGUCAACAAAAAUUGGUAGAACAGCUCACAAAACACAUGCAAGGAGCACCUGGACCACCGACGCGUCGCCUGAUCGCGCGAUGUCUCGCUACUCUGUUCAGCGUUGGAGACACAUUCUUACUUUUUGAUACCGUCAACAAAUGCAAUGACAUUCUCAAGAAUAAGGAUGACUCUCCGAGUUUUUUGCCUACAAAAUUAGCUGCUAUAUGUUGCGUUGGAUGUAUGUACGAAAAAUUGGGACGAAUGAUGGGAAGAUCGUAUGAAGAUACUGUCCAAAUACUCAUAAAAUCUCUUCGGUCAGCCGAAUCACAAACUCGAAUAGAAAUUAUGCAUACGCUCGAAAAGGUUUGCGCUGGUAUGGGAUCUGCUAUCACAAAUGUUCACAAAGAAAUCUAUAAAGUUGCGAGACACUGUCUCACGGAUAGAGUAAUGGCAGUUCGAUGCGCUGCUGCUAAGUGUCUUCUGGAAAUGUUAAAUCACGCACCUUUUCUUUGUACAACCGAAAUCGAAAGCGUCGCAACUUUAUGUUUCCGGGCUUUCGAAGGUUCCAAUUAUGAAGUACGAUGUACAGUUGCUAAACUUUUGGGAGCCUUAGUUGCAACUACGCAACAACCGGCACAAAAAAGCAAUAAUCCUCCGGCUUCCCAAAUUAAAGGAUACAAACCAAUAUCAUUGGAUGAAGCGUUGAAUAUACUUAUGUCCGGAUUUUUGCGCGGAGGUGCUGGCUUUCUGAAAGGGACUGGAGAAAUGAUCAAGGGUAGCUCGGGCGUUAAUCGCGAAGUUCGAGUAGGGGUCACACAUGCAUAUGUAGUAUUUGUACAAAUUCUUGGAGGAACUUGGCUUGAACGUAACAUAAGCACACUGGUUGCCCAUGUGCUAGAUCUGGUCGCUAAUCCAAAAGCAGCAAGUUCCCAUGUCGAUGCGGUAUACUCGAGAAAAUGUAUCAACUUUAUUCUAAGAGGUACCAUUGGGAAACUGUUAGGCGAAGGAGCCCAGGCCGCUGCGUGCAAAGAAAUAGCCCACGUAAUUUUGAAGCAAAUGAAUUCCAUCGACUUUAGCCCAGAGAAUGCAAAAGACUGUAAUCAAGAAACUUUAUUUAGUCAACAUCUAUUAGUUUGUGCUCUGCAAGAAAUGGGAAAUCUGAUUCUGGGAUUGGGCACAACCGCUUGUAAUCUGAUAUCUGACCAAUCUCUGAGUUUAACUGAGACCACGAUAGCGGUUUUGGUGCAUCCCUGUCAAGCGGCACGACUGGCAGCUUCCUGGUGCUUACGAUGCAUUUGUGUGGCUGUCCCCAGUCAAAUAACACCACUAAUUGAUCGUUGUGUAGAAGCUAUUGAAAAUAUGCGAAGUUCACCUGAAGCAAUAGCAGGGUAUAGCAGUGCACUGGCUGCAGUCUUAGGUAGUGUGAGACUAUCGCCACUUGGAGUUCCCCAUACCAAGGGAAAGAUAAUAUUUAAUACCGCUGAAGAAUUAUUGAGAAGCGCAAGUCAAAACAGCCGAUUAUCAUUAAACCGAACCCAUGCCGGUUGGCUGUUGAUUGGAGCCAUAAUGACUCUUGGUGUACCAGUGGUAAGAGGGUUACUGCCAAGAAUGUUGUUACUUUGGCGGAACUCUUUUCCACGUUCCAAUAAGGAACUUGAAAGCGAAAAGGCUCGAGGAGAUGCAUUCACUUGGCAGGUGACAUUGGAAGGACGAGCUGGAGCACUUUCCGCUAUGCACAGCUUCCUCCUUCAUUGUCCAGAUCUUCUCAAUGACGACAUCACUCGCAGGCUUCUUACACCUAUUGAAUCUGCCUUGGCAAUGCUUACAAAUUUGUCUACCGUUCUCAAAAACUACGGUCAACAAUUAAAGGCCCCUGCUGCUAUGGUCAGAUUACGAUUGUAUGAAACUUUAUUGCUUUUACCGCCACAAACAUUCGAAGGUUCAUAUACACAUCUGUUGAGAAUGUUAGUUUCCGAAUUCACAUUAACGGAGAAUCCAGGAAAUACCACCACUUCGUUAUUAAGGAUGGUAUGUCACGCCGAUGAUUCGGUCAUACUUGGCACAUGGUUACAGGAGACAGAUCAUCGUACCAUUGAAGAUCAGAUGGAACCAAACCGAAGGGCAGAUUCUGAACAUUUGCAGCCUAAUAGUGCUGCUGGCUCAGGAGCAUUAGAACAUGACUCAUGCUGCUUAUAUCGGCCUGUACCAAGUGGUGAAAUGGUGCCUGGACCACUACCUUUGGGUGUGGCUGUUAUCGACAUGUCUGUUUCAUUAUUUGGGCAAAUCUUCCCUCGUGUGGCUAAUAAACAUCGACUGCAAAUGUUGGAACAUUUCAGUGAAUGUAUUAAGCAUGCCAAGAGCGGGAGACAGGAGGCAGUACAGAUGAAUGUCUUUACAGCUGUUCUUAGCGGAUUGAAAGGUCUUAAUGAAGCAAAAACAAGUUUUGGGCAAGAAGAUGUAAAAAAAUCUGCCACAAAUUUAAUUAUUGGGGCACUUGUGAGUAGCAAUUCAAUCCUACGGUGUGCUGCUGGUGAAGCUGUUGGUAGAAUGGCACAAGUUGUAUCAGAUUCUAAAUUUACUGCAGAGUUGGCGCAAACUAGUUUUGAUAGAUUAAAAUCAGCGCGUGAUGUUGCUAGCAGAACAGGGCAUUCGCUGGCAUUGGGUUGCUUACACAGAUACGUUGGUGGAAUGGGUUCCAGUCAACAUUUGAACACAAGCGUUAGCAUUCUACUCGCUCUUGCCCAAGACAAUACGUCUCCUGUUGUACAAGUCUGGGCACUGCAUGCACUGGCACUCAUUGCUGAUUCAGGUGGUCCUAUGUUCCGAGGUUACGUGGAGCCUACUCUGUCAUUAGCGCUGACCCUCCUUCUCAAUGUACCACAUUCUUAUAUUGAUGUGCAUCAAUGCAUUGGCAAAGUCUUGUCAGCUCUUAUUACUACGAUUGGACCAGAACUACAAGGAAAUACAUCAACCAUAUGUAUGGCACGAUCAUCAUUUUUGUGUGCCUGUGCAAUAAUGCAAGAUCAUCAAGAUCCACUUGUCCAAGCAGAAGCGACUGCCUGUCUACAACAAUUACAUCUUUUUGCUCCUCGGCAUGUCAACUUGUCUUCUUUGGUUCCUACUCUAUGUCGCACCUUGUCAAGCAAUCACCUGUUACUCCGCAAAGCAGCAAUAUCAUGUCUUCGACAACUUGCUCAGCGUGAAGCAAAGGAAGUAUGCGAGCAUGCAAUGACGUUAGCCAACGAAAGCAGAGACACAAACAUUGUAGAGGGCCUCAUCAUCACCGAAACGGGUCUUCCAGGUGUUCUAUUCAGCAUGCUAGACACAGAAACGGACAGUCGGCUAAUAAAAGACAUCCAUGAUACUCUCACGAGUAUGCUUCAGAUGCUCGCUGCAGAUAAUUUGUCGCAAUGGCUAUCUCUAUGUAAAGAUGUCCUCACAGUGGCCUCAGAAUCAAGUACCAUAGUAGAUGAAUCAACCACUGUCAUUACUGAAGACAGUGCAGCGGAUGACAACGGUGGUGAUGAAGCAGAAGGAGAUGACGAUCAAGCAGAAUUUCAUGCGGAAGAAUCUACAAGGCAGCGCCCAGCAGUUACACCACGGUGGCCAACAAGAGUUUUUGCUGCCCAAAGUGUUAGAAGAAUCAUCACUGCCUGUCUGAUCAAUAAACAAGCACACUUUGACUUGGCGUUAGCUAAAGAAUUGCAAUUAACAAGAGGAAGAGGAGAUUUUUUGGUGUUACAUCUGUCGGACUUAGUUCGUAUGGCUUUCAUGGCUGCAACAAGUGACUGUGAUCCUUUGCGAUUAGAGGGUUUGAAGACAUUACAGGAAGUUAUUGAUAAAUUUGCAAAAGUCCCAGAGCCAGAAUUUCCGGGGCAUUUGCUUCUUGAACAAUUCCAAGCACAGGUUGGUGCAGCAUUAAGGCCAGCAUUUUCCGCAGAAACCGCAUCACACGUUACCGCUGCUGCCUGUGAAGCUUGCAGUGCAUGGAUCGGUAGUGGAGUUGCAAGGGAUUUGAAUGACUUACGGCGUGUUCAUCAACUGCUUGUAUCAUCAUUAGAAAAGUUACGAGGUGGACAUACACGUCAACAGCUAUACAAUGAAAGUCUCUCCACCUUAGAAAAGCUGGCAAUUUUAAAAGCUUGGGCUGAGGUAUAUGUAGUAGCCAUGAUUAAUGACGGAUCGGCACCAGGCAAUGUGGAUACUUCUUCAUGGAAUAAGAUGCGUUCAACUACUGAAGGUGAUGAAGAGGCCUUUGGUGAAUUUGAAUUCCAAAAUGAAAGUUUACUGAGUUUGGUUCAACCAGAGUUACUAAGCCUGAGUCAACACUGGUUAGCAGCUCUCCGAGAUCACGCUCUACUGUCUCUACCACCUGAAUUUUCAAGUCAGCUACCUCACGAUGGUGGAGCCUUUUAUACAACAGACACAAUGGAAUCAGCUCGUCCUUACUACCUGGACUCCUGGGCUCCUAUACUUCAUGCAGCUACACUUUGGCUGAAUGCUAGAGGCUUUAACUCCACAGAGUCCACAAAUGUCGAUACAAACACAAAAAUAACCAUUGGGAAUAACAAUAACAACAAUAAUACCACCAAUACGGAAUCUAACGUUGAACGUUUUCAUUUGUUGUUCGGUAUUUGUAUGGAGGCAUUAUGUAGUCCCCGAUCUUCCGAGUCUACUCAAAGUGUAGAAACAUGUUUGAGUGCUCUUUAUACUCUUCUUGACUCUUCAUGGGCGCGGAAUGUUCUUAUGGUAGAUCGAUCUCUCCCUAUUGAGUUGUGUAAUGUUCUUCACAGGUUGUUGUUGACACGAGAAAGCUACUCUAUUCAGAUGAUGGUGAUGGAAGUCCUAAAACAAGUGAUGCGGGCCGCUCAAGAGGAUCUCACCGAUCGGAAAAAAUCAAAAAUAAAAGAACUUGUACCAGCAAACCAAGAGUCUAAAGACAUUGCAGAGGUUGAUCUACUAGGCGAAGGACAAGAUACUGGAGAUCUCAUUCCAGGACAAUCAUUAGUUUUUGCUGUAUUAGAAGUUUGCUUAUGUUUACUCGUAAGGCAAAUUCCAGCCUUGAAUCCUAGUCCAGGUGGUGCGACUGCAGUCUUGUCUCAUAGAGGAUAUACACCGUCAGAAGAAUCCGGCAGACUCAUUGCGUCGGCAUUGAACGUUAUGGAAGGUCUCCCAAGACUUUGUUCUCCACAGGGUGCUAUCGCAAUUUUACCUACCUUGUUGUACCUAACGACUGGGGUAAUAAGAGAGACUGCCGUUCGAUCGGAUAAUGACAGUGCUGGAGCUGGACCUGGAGCUCCUGUACAUGGGGCCUUGCACUGUCUCAAAAGUCUCAUGACUGAAAAAUACGCAACAGAUGCGAGGAGUGAACAGCAAUGGAAAACUUUACUUCAAAGUGCUCUUGCCAAAAUUGUUGACCUAGCUAAAACAGGGUGCGAUGAAACAAAAAUGGAUGAAGUUGCAAUGAUGUUAGCAAUUGCAGUGUUUGUGCUUCAUGCGUCUGCUGAGGUUGUAAGCGCUCCCAAUUUACAAUACCCUUGCAUCAAUCAUUUUCGCCAGUGUAUUCAAUCGGAAAAUGCUUUGGUAAAAUUGAAAUGCAUCCAAACUUUGAGGACGAUUUUCACACAUCCUGAACGCAUUGUCAGUACCCCUUACAUACACGCGUUGGCACCUAGGCUGGUAGAAUAUUUAUACAGUGAACCAAGCAAAAAAGUAUCAAACGAAACUCAACUAACUCUCACGUUAGAAAGCAUCGCCACCAUUGAAACUCUCAUAUCACUAGCUGAACCCACCAAUCGAGAUCUAAUGCAAGGUAUUCAAAUGCUCACGCUUUUGGUGCCAAUUUUAAUAAACUAUUUAUUGGAGGGUGACGCAUUGCACCAUGGAUCCAAAUAUCAAGUCAGCCUACAUCAGCAGAGUUUUCAAUGGCUCAAUAAAAUAGGACCCAAGUACCCUCAGGAAUUCAAAACUUUAAUGGCCCAGUCUACAGAAUUAAAAACGAAACUCGAAAAUGCAGUAAGAUCCACACACCAGCAGGCUCAAAAGCAAUCGAAAUUAGAGCCCAUGAAGCAGACCAUCAAACUGCAUACUGCCCCUUCGAUUAAAUUAAAAACCAAUUUCUCUAACUUUAACUAAAUUAGCAGUAGAAAUGAAAUGAAAUAUGUCACUUUCAGUAGAAUACUUAUACCAUAAUAUUUAUGCUGCUAUGUCAACGAAGAAAUGCAUAAUAUUUUUUUUCAUCAAAUUACUUACGGUCUAAUACGUUUGUCAAAUUCGAGUGGCCAUGAAAGUGCUAGUUGUGAUAUGACUCCGUGAGAAAAUUAAAUUCAUCAGCAAUUAAUUUUUCGAACUUUUUGUGGAGUAGGUUAUCUUUUAAUAAUUAUAUUAUGAUAAAAGCAACGGAGUUACAUCACUCGCACACUUCUCAUGACGAAAAUCAAUUCAUUAGACCGUAAAAUAUUUGAUGAACUAAUCAACACAAAGAGAACGCUCAGUAACCAUAUAGAAUUAUUUUUAUAUAAUAUCAUUUUAGGCCAAGACUAAAACCAUUCUGAGAUAAGCAGAUAACAUUUUUUCAGAUACUAUAGUUUCUAUAUUUUAUUCUGUACCGAUAUAGUUUUUAGCUAAAAUCAGAAGCCCCCGUCAUACGAUAUGCAGGGUGAAUCACUCCAAGUGUCGAGAAUGGGAGGGACUUGUGAGGUACGAGGCCCCGCCCCUUGAGCCAAUCAACAACUGGAAGAGUUCGGUACCUGAUACAAUUUCUUAGGAUAGGUGGGAAAUAUCAACAACGACUCAAAAUAAAUGAAUACCUAACAGCCUGGUUGAGUAGUCGUUGACAUUUCC